CUCCUUCUCCCACCUCCAGUCUGGCACCAACAACCACGCCACGUUCAUAGUCACUUAACCACUUCAAGUCCGGACACUUUCACCCCCUUCCAGUCCGGACACUUUCUCCCCCUUCCAGUCCGGACACUUUCACCCCCUUCCAGUCCGGACACUUUCUCCCCCUUCCAGUCCGGACACUUUCACCCCCUUCCAGUCCGGACACUUUCACCCCCUUCCAGUCCGGACACUUUCUCCCCCUUCCAGUCCGGACACUUUCUCCCCCUUCCAGUCCGGACACUUUCACCCCCUUCCAGUCCGGACACUUUCUCCCCCUUCCAGUCCGAACACUUUCACCCCCUUCCAGUCCGG